AUGUUAAUAUUUUUAUAUUUUCAUUUAUUCGAUGUUUUAAAACUGCUUUUAUUUUCUUUCAUUUUUUUCUUCCAUUUUUCUCUUUCUUUUUUUUUUGCUCAUUUGUAUUUCAGUUUCGUCUACGAUUAUUUUCCGAAGUUUUUGGUCAUUUUUAUUUUCUUUCUUUCUUUCUUUCUUUCUUUCUUUCUUUCAAAUGUCUUCUUUCUUUCUAUCUUUUCCCCACUUGCUGUCACUUUUAUCAUUAUUCUUUCUUUCUUUCUUUCUUUCUUUCUUUCUUUCUUUCUUUCUUUCUUUCUUUCUUCAACACCAUAUUUUUACCUAUCUAUAUCUUUCGACCUUCUUUCCUUCCUUUUUUCCUGUACUUAUUUCCUUUUCCUUCAUUUUCUCUCAUUUCUGUCUUCUUUUCUACCUUCCAACCGUCCUUUCUUCGUUCAUUCUCUUUUCUUUCUUUUUCAUCCAUUUCUUCAGUCUUUCCUUUUGAUUAUUCUACAUUCUUUCCGACAUUCCUUCCUUAGUCCUUUUAUUUUUCCUUCAUUUUCUUCGAUUUUUUCUUCCUUUUUAUAUUAA